AAACGCACCUCGCAGCCUGGCAGCCUGACCCAGAACCCCUGCUCCGGAGGGAGGGGUGGGAGUAUUUGCACGUGGGUCCGGGUGUUGUGAACUGCCCGGGAGCCCGUCUGUGUGACUCUGUAAGUCCAGGAGCAGCGGCUUUGUUUGUGAGUGCGUGACUCGUUGUGUUGCUGUUACUGUCACCCAGGCGUGUCUGUGACUCUAUAUGUAGUUCUGUGUGUCUCUGAGUGCAGGUGACUGUAGCUGGGACUGCGGGUGUCUGUGUGGUUGUGUGAUGCUGUGUAUCUGAGUGAGACUCACCCUGCUCUCUGAAGCACUGCCAGGAGUGCCCCCCAGAAGUGUUGCUGCUGUGUCAGACCCACAGUUAGAGCCAUGGCCCAGGCAAGACCCUCUCCUGGGCCUGUCUCCAGGGCCCAAGCGUUCCCCUUUCUGGGCAUCAGAACCAGCAGUGCUGGGCAGGCCCCAGAGAGUUCAUCCCAAUCCUUGAGGUCUUAUGGGAGGUGUGUCUGAUGCCCCACUCUGUAUUUUGACCUCUUGCUCCAGAGGGAAGGGAUCCCAUAAACAUCUUGUUCAGAUUUGGGCCACCUGGAUGCUGAGGGCCACUUCGCAGCCUGGUCCCAGAUGGCCUGGCUUGCUUGCCACUGGAACAUGUCCAACCAAACCACUGUCCCCCAUGUUCCCCAGAGGACUAAAUGAAGUCUUGAGUACAAAGUGCUCUUGCAUGGCCAGCAGCCGGAUGCCCGGGCCCAUUGGGCGGGCCGGUGGCCGCCUGCGGGAUGAGCAGACUGCUCGGGGGGACGCUGGAGCGCGUCUGCAAGGCCGUGCUCUUACUCUGCCUGCUACACUUUCUCGUGGCCGUCAUCCUCUACUUUGACGUCUACGCCCAGCACUUGGCCUUCUUCAGCCGCUUCAGUGCACGAGGCCCCGCCCAUGCCCUCCACCCAGCUGCCAGCAGCAGCACCAACUGCUCUCGGCCCAACGCCACUGCCCCCAGCUCCGGGCUCCCCGAGGCUCCCAGCGCCCGGCCAGGCCCCACGGCUCCUGUCCUGCCACCCUGUCCUGACUCGCCGCCUGGUCUUGUGGGCCGACUGCUGAUUGAGUUCACCUCACCCAUGCCCCUGGAGCGGGUGCAGAGGGAAAACCCAGGCGUGCUCCUGGGCGGCCGCUAUACACCGCCCGACUGCACGCCAGCCCAGACGGUGGCGGUCAUCAUCCCCUUCCGACACCGGGAGCACCACCUACGCUACUGGCUCCACUAUCUGCACCCCAUCCUCAGGCGACAGCGGCUGCGCUAUGGCAUCUAUGUCAUCAACCAGCAUGGUGAGGACACCUUCAACCGGGCCAAGCUGCUCAAUGUGGGUUUCCUAGAGGCGCUGAAGGAGGACGCCACCUACAACUGCUUCAUCUUCAGUGACGUGGACCUGGUGCCCAUGGAUGACCGCAACCUGUACCGCUGUGGCGACCAGCCUCGCCACUUCGCCAUUGCCAUGGACAAGUUCGGCUUUCGGCUGCCCUAUGCCGGCUACUUUGGAGGUGUGUCGGGCCUGAAUAAAUCCCAGUUCCUGAGAAUCAAUGGCUUCCCCAACGAGUACUGGGGUUGGGGUGGUGAGGAUGACGACAUCUUCAACCGGUUUACCAAGAUUCAAAACACGAAGCUGACCAUGAAGCGGGACGGCAUCGGGUCAGUGCGGUACCAGGUCUUGGAAGUGUCUCGGCAACCGCUCUUCACUAAUAUCACAGUGGACAUUGGGCGGCCCCCAUCAUGGCCCCCUCGGGGCUGACACCAAUGGACAAAGGCUACCAGUGCCAAGGAUGCCUGCCAGAGGACUGACCUACAGCCUGGCUGGUGGCUGCUCUGUGACAGAUCCCCCAGGACAGAGACUGUGGGCUCUGUUUUCUGAGGGUCUUCAGUAGGCCCCCCAGCUGCACCUGGAAGUUUCAGAACCUACUUCGGGGAGCUUCUGUCCUGGGCAGGCCCCUCAAGUGUGGCCCUCUCUGGGGUCAACCCUUCUUCCUGCUCCUCCCUCCCCAGUUCAGCCCUCCUCACUGUCAGGGUUGGGCCAGCCCCUGCACUGCCUCGCCGAGUGGCCUGGGCCAGGUCACUCCACCUCUCUGUGCCUCAGUUUCCCCCCCUUGAGUCCCCUGGGGCCUGGAAGAGUGGGAGGUAUGACUAGGGGGCAAUGUCGCUUCCAGGGGGAAUUCUCAGACCUGGGGAUCCCCCAUGCUCCCAGGGGAGGGGAAACCUUUUUCACUCAACAUUGUAGGGGGCAAACUCCGGUGCACCCCCUGCUGAGGAGCAGCGCCAGGAGGGGACCAGAGGGGGUGCUGUGUCGCUGCCUGGGAUCUUGGGGUUGGGCUUUGCAUGGGGGCGGUUGGGGCUCGGAUCAGUUGGGUUCCUGCCCCGCCCCCCUCAGAGAGAAGGCAGUAGCCCCAGGGCCGGCUCGUGUUUGUACAUUGCACAGAAACUUGUGUGGGUGCUUUAGUAAAAAACGUGAAUGGAGGA